AUGCCCACGUUCAAGCUCGUUCUCGGUGAGUUGUGGGAGCUCGUACGCUCGUGGCUGUGCUCAUCCAACGCUUUGAACGCUGGCUGCGGUCUGCGCUGUUGGGCCUUCGUCGCACCCCCCCACGCCUAGCCGUCGCCCGGCCUCGCCUCGCCUCGCCUCGCCUCGCCUCGCCCCGGUGUGCAGUAUCACUUUACCACGCUACCUACUCCUCGCACCCUCCAUUUCGAUCGAUUCCCCCGUUUCAUCCUUGGCCACCCUCACUGACCACCUGUACCCCAUCUCCCUCCGGCAGUCGGUGACGGUGGAACGGGAAAGACCACCUUUGUCAAGCGCGUACGUGACCGUGACUUGCCUCUCCCGCGUAGACUCUCUCAUCACCUCGGCUGACCGUGUGUUGGAUUAUCACUCGCAGCACCUGACUGUAAGCUACCACUUGAUGGCCUAGUCCCUGUCGGCGACCGUGGCCUGCGCGCCGAGCGAGCGGCGACCUGACGCAUCUCUUAUGACCCACCCGACUCACGCACGCCCAUCUCUGUCCACCUCGCUCACAGGGUGAAUUUGAAAAAAAGUACAUUGGCAAGUCACACACCCUUUCAGAGCUCCCCCCAUGCACCUAGCGCAGGCGUCCCGUUCCUUGGCUUAUUCGUACCCCCCCCUACAGCUACACUCGGUGUCGAGGUCCACCCCCUCACCUUCCACACCAACUUUGGCACCAUCUGCUUCAACGUGUGGGACACCGCAGGACAAGAAAAGUUUGGUGGUCUUCGUGACGGUUAGUGGAGCGUACUCACCCGCUGUCGAAGCGGAGCGGAGCAUCCGUUCUGACGUAGCGAGCGCACUUUUUAAUAGGCUACUACAUCCAGGGUCAAUGCGGCAUCAUCAUGUUCGACGUCACGUCCAAGAUCACGUACAAGAACGUGCCCAACUGGCACCGCGACCUCGAGCGCGUGUGCGAGUCGAUCCCGAUCGUGUUGUGCGGCAACAAGGUCGACGUCAAGGAACGAAAAGUCAAGACGGGCGCGGUGACGUUCCACCGCAAGAAGAACCUGCAGUACUUUGAGAUCUCGGCCAAGUCCAACUACAACUUUGAGAAGCCCUUCUUGUGGCUCGCGCGCAAAUUGGUCGGCAACCCCAACCUCGAAUUCGUCGCCUCGCCGGCGUUGGCUCCGCCCGAGGUGCAGGUCGAUGCGGCUCUGAUGCAACAGUACCAGGCCGAGUUGGAGAAGGCCUCGGCCGCACCGUUGCCCGAUGAGGAGGAUGCGGAUUUGUAG